AGUCCCCUAUACCCCUACCAUGGAAAGAGUUAAAGAUGGAAACCUGGAAAUCAGCCUUCUCUUGCCAACUCUCUCAUCACUCCAAAUAUGGAAUUUCUACUGUCAAAUUUGCCAUUCAAAACUAGCCGUUGCUUUCAAAUCUUGCAAGUAUCUGCGGAGGAAAUGUCCAUCAGAUUGCAUCUUUUCGCCUUAUUUCCCUUCUGAUGAUCCUCAGAGAUUUUCGUGUGUGCACAGAAUCUAUGGAGCCAGUAACAUUGGCAAAAUGCUUAAGCAACUUCCAGUUCAACUACGAGCAGAUGCUGCAAAUUCGCUAUACUUUGAGGCACACUCCAGGGAAGCAGACCCUGUUUAUGGAUGUGUUGGAAUCAUAACAAAUUUGAAUGAAGAAAUACACGAUGCUGAGACUGAAUUAGCCAAAAUUCAAGCCCAUAUCGGUGUCCACCAUCAAACAAAAAAUCCGGAAGAUGGUGAAGCAUCUCAAUCUGGUCAUAGUCCGGUGCAGCAGCAGUAGCGGCAUCACACCAUGGCAGCAUUACCAGUCCCUUCCAAUGCACCAUGGUCUUAUUCUAUUUAUUACAGCAAUUUGGUAUUUUUGGUGAUAGUGUAGUUAAAAAAAAAUAAUUCUGCAUUUCAUCAGAGUGAUCAAAUUUUCAUAUUAAUACUUUCGAAAUCAUGGUACUUGCAAUUUCAUUUGCAAA